UUUUGGCAACUUGAAGGGGUUUCUCCAUCGUCUGCUCGUGUUAACGAAACUAAACUAAAUUUUCGGUGCAAAAUGUUGAACGCUUCCCAAUUAUUGUUGGCCCGUAACAUUUCCAAGGCUAUGGUUAGAUUCCACAGCCAUGGUGGUAUUCCCGGUGAAAACUUGCCCUUCAGCUUGAAGAACCGUUACAAGCUUACAGCCAUUUUCACCACAUUCACCGUUUUGGGUUUCGGCUCACCCUUCUUGAUUGUCAGACAUCAAUUGUUGAAGGCCUAAACUACAAGG